UUUGGUACAGAUAUGUACUUUUGGUGUACCAGUAUGUACCUCUAAUGUACCAAUGUGUACCUUUUAGGUACAAAAGUGUACUUUUUGAGCCCAGUUACAACUUGUACCUUAUUUGUAGUGUGCUUUUAAACAUAGUGAAGGAGUUUUAAUAGUAGCCUACAGGCUGUUAUUUGAGAGCCAUCCUCGGGGCAAGCAGGUGGCCUGACAGACAACAUGAGUGGCAGGAGGGACUGGACUCAACAUUCUUGGCUGGCAGAGGAUUUACCUUUUAUUCACCCAGGGUGCUCUGUAUCCUAAUGCCUGUGCCCUUGUCAGUCUUUUGGGGCUCUUCUAUCAAAACUGCACUAUAGAUUUCUCCUUCUGGAAGAAGCGAGAGGUACCAAUCCCUAUCUAAUCCUGACCAGUUUCCAGCUCUGACAAAACAGAGGAAGAAGAAGAGUACAGAUGUUGGUUAAAGGAAUGGCGGAGAUGUUGAAAGCACGCUAAAUGUCCUCAACGUCCUGGAUGAACUUUUGUCAGCAGGCACAGACAGACGGAUUCAGUUUAUGAUAUCGAAAGGGGGCAGCGAGGCUCUUUUGACGGCUCUGGGGAACACCGCCCGGUGCCACACCCCCAACUACACCAUCCUGCUGCCGCUGCUGCACCUUCUGGCCAAGGUGGGCCACCGAGAUCGUCAGAUUGGUGUGAAGGCAGAGAAGACAGACGCGGUUCUCCUGGUUCUGGAUUUGCUACGGCAGAAUGUAAAGAACGCCAGAAGAGCUGCGGCCUGCCUGUGGGUCAUCCAAGUCUUCUGUUCUUCCGUGAGCACUGCGGUCGUGCUGGGGAGGAACCGAGGCCUGGACGUGGUCUUCAAGCUCAUAUCUCCACACACAACUAAGCACUUGCGCACUGUCAAGGCGGCCGUUGACGCUUUUGCCGCAAUGUUGUGCUCAAAGGUCAACUGUCGGACUGCCGUUGCCAAAGGUUACAUCUCUGAUCUUCUGAAGCUGUAUCAAGACUGGCACAACAACGAUGCCAACCAUGAGAACAUUCCUAUCCGCAAAGCCUUACUGCAUUGUAUGCACCGUGCCGCCAACUCGAGUGUGGGCAGAGACGCUCUUGUCGCUGAGGGUGGCAUGCGUCUUCUCCUCCAAACCACGCAGACCUUCUUGACCUUAAAAAGCCUCGAGUCGCUGGUGGAGCCAGCAGUCCAGCUUAUGAGGAAGUGCUAUCCUAAAGUCCCCAUUCCACUGAGCUCAGAUAAGAGCACCUACAGCUUUCCUCUUCCUGGGAGACCUGUCGAUGACUGGGACGCUGAUUUAGGACCUUACGAUGGCAGUUUAGAAGAUGACAGUGACGAGGACAUGGAGAACGAAGAUCUAGACAAGGACUAUGAGGAUGACCUAGAAACAGAUGUCAACAAGCUGCAACCCCGACCCGAGCCUGACAGACCCCUGGAGCAGCUGGGCCAAUACAUGCGCUUCUGCCCAGAACUGCACCAUGACUUCCAGGACUUGGAAUCCAGCUCUGAGGUUGAUGAAAGCUCAAGUGAAGAUAGUCCUCUGGAGGGGGACUUCAACAAGAAGAAGGCGCAUAGCAGUAAAUCUAAAGCAGGCCAGAGGAACCCCUUGUCACCCUCCGGUUCGGAAUCCUCCAACUCCACUGGGAUAGACAAAAAGCAGAAUCCCGGAUCGGAGGAAGAGAGCCAUCUCCAAACGAGUGAUUUGCACACACAUUACCUCAACUGCUCCAGGAACAUCCAGGAGGGCCACUGCACCAUGGUGGACCGGCUUUUGGAGAAGUAUGGGACCUGGAUUCCCAACCACGAUCCACGUCUGUAUGCCUCCACUGCAUUUGAUACCAAGUCUAUUGGUGGAUACUCCAUCCUAGCUUUUCCUGACUUUUGGGGAAACUUGCCUCCAAAAAAACAAGAACCAAUGGCUAAAAGACCACCACAUGUACAGAGAAAGAAAGUUUUCGAAGACAUCCAGCGUCUUCUCUGCACCGAGGAAAUUAUCAACAAGGUUGCUUUCGACCUGGAAGAUCCGAGUCUGCAGUGUUCCACCGAAGAACGUCCCGGCUCACUUCGGUUCUUCUCCAAAUUCGAGAGUGGGAACCUGCGAAAAGCCAUUCAAGUUCGCAGUCAUGAAUAUGAUUUGAUUCUCACCGCCGAUGUCAACUCCUCUGAACACUAUCAGUGGUUUUAUUUUGAAGUCAGUGGUAUGGUGGCCGGAGUGCCGUACCGCUUCAAUGUCAUCAACUGUGAGAAAGGAAACAGCCAGUAUAACUACGGUAUGCAGCCUGUACUGUAUUCGGUGAGGGAGGCUUUGGAUGGGAGACCACACUGGGUGCGAUCAGGCUCUGAGAUCUGCUACUACAGAAAUCAUUUCUGCCCUAAAGGACGUCAUCGUUCUCAUUUCUACACGCUGACGUUCACAGUGACCUUUCCACAUGAUGAUGACGUGUGUUACCUGGCCUAUCACUACCCCUACACCUACUCCACACUGCAGACCCAUCUGAAGAUGUUGGAGAAGUCGGUAGAUCCACGGAAGAUUUUCUUUAGACAGCAGAGCCUCUGCGACACGCUGGCGGGGAACUCCUGCUCCAUAGUGACGAUCACAGCCUGCCCCGCUUCCAAAGCCUGGAAAGAUCUGCACCAGCUGCGUAACCGGCCAUGUGUGGUACUGACAGCAAGGGUUCAUCCAGGGGAGAGCAAUGCCAGCUGGGUAAUGAAGGGUACACUGGAGUUCCUGUGCAGCAAUGAUCCUAUAGCAGAGAGUUUGAGAGAGGCCUACAUCUUCAAAGUCAUCCCUAUGCUCAACCCUGAUGGGGUCAUUAAUGGCAAUAAUCGCUGCGCUCUCAGCGGAGAGGAUCUCAACAGGCAGUGGCUAAAACCGGACCCUGUUUUAAGCCCGACGAUUUAUCACACCAAAGGGUUCCUGUAUUACCUCAACAGCAUAGGCAGAACUCCACUGGUGUUUUGCGAUUACCAUGGCCACUCCAGGAAGAAAAAUGUUUUUCUGUACGGCUGCAGCAUGAAGGAAACACUCUGGCAAUCUGGAUCUACAAUUAACACGGUCUCCCUGAAAGAAGACCCGGGUUACAGGACCAUCGCUAAAACUUUGGACCGAAUAGCUCCUGCGUUCUCGUUUAACAACUGCAACUAUCUGGUGGAGAAGUCACGGGCAUCCACGGCACGGGUGGUUGUUUGGAGGGAGAUUGGAGUUCUCAGAAGCUACACCAUGGAAAACACUUACAACGGCUGCAAUCAGGGAAUUUACAAGGGUCUACAAACAGGGACUCGGGAGCUGGAGGAAAUGGGAAUGAAGUUUAGCCAAAGUCUCAUCACCCUCAGUAGGAACACCAUCCAUUACAACAGCCGCCUGAUCCACAACGCAUCUGCCCUGCUGGACCUGGAUGACAGACUCCUCGACCACAAAUCUAAUAAUUGCAGCGAGGAUGACGAGCCACCCUGCGCAGAAGAGAUCCAGUACUCAUCCUGCAGCGACCUGUUCGGUGCCAACGAUCUGGACGCGGAGGUGAACGCUAACGCAUCCAGCGUGGAAGAGGAUGAAGGUGAUGCUGAGGUCUGCAAAAAGGGGCGGCGGCUUACUGACAGGAAAUCUCACCUCCUCCCUCACUUCCUGCAGCAAGAUGCCCUGGAAACUUUAGGCAUCAGGAGUGGACAGUGUAAUAACAUGGACAUGAGUAACAGAUACUUUUAUUAGGAUCCUCUUGUUUGUAUUUUCUGUUGUUUAUAUUUUACGUUGGUAUAAUGUAGUGUCUUGAGUGUUACUGUAGCUUAGCCUGAAAGAGUUCACUCGGAAACUCGAUAACAAUUUCUAUGAACCUGCAUUAUUUGGUUAUAGCACAUGAUUAACUUUGCACUUUUACCAUGUUCGUAUUAUAUUAUAAUACAAUAUAAUAUUUUUAUAAUGUAUUAUACACUGUCGGAAAAAAAUGGUUAAAAAUGGUCCCUUGCUGUCACUGGGGCGGUACCCUUUCAAAAAGUGCACACCUGCACCUAAAGAGUUCAUUAAAGGACCUCAUAGGUACAUUGGUACCAAUGUACACGGGUCAAUGACGUGAAGUUUAAUUUUUUUGUGUGUUCGUAUGAUUCAUUUAAUGUAAAAGGUUUAAAAUUUCAACAUAAAUGUGCAGAUUACUUGCAUACAUUCUCUAUUUUGAGGACCAAGUCUUAAAUUUCUGGUUUCAUUUCAUUUUGAAGGAAUAUUUGGGGAGUAUUUGCAAAAACGUCAAUGUGGUGUAACCGGUAUGUGUCAAUUUGUGUAACUAGUAUUUUUUUUUAAUGAAAAUAUAUUCAUAAAAAAUGUGAAAUAAAAUAUAAUCAUCUAGUUUAGUCUAACAUGAUUUUUUUAACAUAGAUUUUUACAUAAUUUGUCAAAGAUUAUUUAGAAAACAGAACUGUUUUCUACGGAGUCCCUAAGGGGACAUGGAGCAAAAAUUAAAUAAAGCUUAGUUUCGCGUGUUCACAUGAAACUUUCACGUGCGCACGUGAAACUUUCAUGUAUGCACGUGAAACUACCGCGUUUAGUUUUGCGUGCGCACGUGAAACUAUCGCUUUCACGUGAAACUAAACUUUAAAAAAAAUUCUGCACAUGAAGGUUUUGCGUGCGCACAUGAAACUAAACUUUAGAUUUUUUUACUCCAAUGUCACCUUAGGGGCUCUGUAGUUUUUAGCAUAUGUCCGGACAAUAUUACAAAAACGCAUUAAAAUGUACAUUUAGUAAUAACUAAUAAAUGUAUUUUCGUUUGAUAUUUUAAAAUGAUUUUUACGAUUACGCUUGCAUGCCAUCAAGGUGGAUAAAAUAUUUAAUAUUUCUCAUUCUUUGACACAAUUAGCGGUUACACCAUUUGACAUUUUUAGGUGCAUUCAGUCUUAACUUUCAUUAAAUUGUGCAAAUGUAAUAAAAUUAAAAUAAACACACUAUGUGCAUUGAAAUAUACCUGCCACAUGCUUUUUAAAAAGACAUUUGAAUUUCUCAUCUUGCCAAACCAUUUUUGUCACUGACCCACACAUAUUAGUACCUUUUUUAAAUGUACUGUACUGCCCCAUUGACAGCUAGGACAUUUAUUGGGACAAUUUUUUCUGGCACUCUAGGUUUCAUAUCUUUAUCUUUUACAUCUGUUUCAAAAGUUCGAAUUAACAUGUAAUUGAUAGAGAAUAAGAUAAAGCCUUUUUUGCCAUAUACUGUCAGACGACGGGCUCCGAGUUCGGAAAUUUAUCCCGAACCCAGAGUGCUUCCACUUCUUUAACUGGGAUAAAUGAAACUAGAUAAAAGGAGGUGAUAGGGUGUCACGGGACAGAGGUGAGGGACUGCAAUUUAUAGGCACCUCUUCACGCUGAUUGGUUGGAUCACGUGCCCAUUCUCCUCCCAAAAUUUGUUGAAUAAAUUUCAUAAAAUGUUUGGUCUGUUACUGCUUAAAGUGACAAAUGCAAAGUCAAUGAACAUUUUGACCACAACAUAAUGCAUAAAUAAUGCUGUUACAAUUAUCUGCAUUCUAAAUAUAUAAAAGUAUUACGAGCAUUAUAAAUAUGGACAUAGAAAGUGUUACCGAAAAUACUUUCAUCAUCUAUCCCCCUCAUCAUUUGUUCGAAGCCCGUAUUACUUUAUUUCUAAGCGAACAUCAUUUAAUUAACAACUUAUUGAGUUGGUGGAUGAUUCAGUACUAUGGUACAUUAUGACUUGCUUAAUAAAGCACGUAAUAAAGAGUGGCAGCUCGAAAGUGCAUGCGGCCCGCUGAUCAUUUCAGUCAGCAAGUAAGGAAUAGUUGACGACGAGCCAUUGAAUUAUUCGAAAAUAACACACAGCCAAGGUGGUAAUGCGGCACGACGUGAAGCUUAUACCACGGUUACCACAAACAUUACUCCGGUGGUUGUUUUAAGACAUUAGACAUGUCAGGUAUGCGUUUUACAGAAAAAUAAUCAACACCCAUUGAACAUUUCUCAACCAAUCAGAAUGAAGCAUAUAACAGCGACGUGGUAUAAUAAGCAAAUAAUCUAAUAUUUUGUACAUUUGGUUUUUGAACAACAAAAGUAAAUGAUGAGCGACUGUUUGGUUAAACUGUUUAUUUAAGCUUCAUACCGAAAUAUUUAGAGAGCAAGAAUCAAUGAAUGUAAGAUGAGAUUUUAUCCGUCACCCGUAAUCUUUGCGAAUCCAAGCUACUUAAUGUUUAGAGCAACACUUGAAUAAUAAUUCACUUUCGUGAAGUCGUGUCUCAUGCAUCUCAAAUUGUAGCAUAUUGAGGCGGUUUCACAGACUAGGCUUAUCCUAGUCCCAGACUAAAAUGCAUAUUUGAUCUGACUUAAAAACAUCUUGCAUUGACAUAUCUUAACAUAUAUUAGUGACAUUGUUGUGUGUCAAGUUGCACACUAGUAAUGUUUUCGUAAAAAUGUCGUAAUAUAACCAAAUCCUGGAUCCACCCCAUAAUGUGUUUACGACUGUUCUUACUGUUAACCGUAGUAGUACAGACAGGUACAGUAGCUUACCGGAGUAAUUCAAGUAUGCCUGUUAUAUAACAGGGUUUUUAUCGUAAAUAUGAUAGCACUGCAGAUAAAGUUUACUUUGAAUGUUUAUUAUGUUAGCAGUUAGUAAAUAUUUAUAUUUUUAGUAUGUUUCAUUUUUCCGUCUGAUUAUCAGUGUUGAGGUGAUAAAAAUGUUAUAGAUAUUUGAACUAUGACUUUGUUUAUAUACAGUGGGGUCCAAGUUUAAGAUCACUUGUGUAAAUCCUACUAUUUUGCCAUUUUAAUGUUUUGUCUGCCUGUCUGUAUGUUUAUAUGCAGUGUAUGUAUGUAUCUAUAUGCAAUACAUACAUAUAUACAUAUAAAUAAUUGAUUUUAAAAAAUAAAGCCAUUUGCACUGUAA